AUGGAAACAUCUGCAGCACAUGAGAACGCCGAGGGAAUAAAAAGCGUGGGAAUAAGGCUUUUAGAGGAGUAUCUGGACAAGGUGGUGUUUAUUCUGAUGCGCGACAACACGACAGUGGAAGGGAUACUCAGAUCGUACGACCAGUACUAUAACGUUCUUUUGGAGAAUGCAAAAGAGAUGACGGUGCUGGAAGAAGAGUACAGCGUUCUCGAGAGCGAGACUGUUUUGCUGCGCGGAGAAAACAUUGUGCUUCUGGGAGAGGGAUCCAUCACAGCAGACGGAAAAAUGAAAAAGAUAGAGCACUCUGAGAUAAUGGAGAAAGUGAAACUGCCAGCAGACGACUUAGACUAUAUUGCAUUGUAA